CUAUUUAUAUAUUUAUUUUAAAAGUCAAUAGCUUCUUUGUUUCAACUCCGACUCGGGUUAUUCGAGGGCUCCCCGACCGCCUGUAUUUUUCCUGGGAUAAAAGAUGAUUGAUACGUUUGCAACAAAUGGGAGUCGGGAGUUACUGCUGCAGCUCAAUGUGCUGCUUGAGCAGGAGUUGAGAUACCAGCCAAAGCUCUCUGGCCUGAGAAUAAUUGAAUCAGCUCAUGAUAAUGGGCUCCGGAUGACAGCGAGAUUGCGGGAUUUUGAAGUGAAAGACCUGCUUAGUUUGAUUCAGUUCUUUGGCUUUUGCACAGAGACAUUUUCUCUUGCUGUGAAUUACUUAGAUCGUUUUUUAUCGAAAAUGAAGGUGCAGCCAAAACACUUGGGCUGUGUUGGCUUAAGUUGUUUUUACUUGGCUGUGAAAGUCAUGGAAGAAGAGAGUAAUAUUCCAUUGGCUACUGACUUAAUCCGAAUAAGUCAGUAUCGGUUUACUGCUUGUGACCUGAUGAGAAUGGAGGAAAUUCUUUUAGAGAAGUUACAUGGAAAAGUAAAAGCAACAACUGCCUUCCAGUUUCUGCAACUUUAUUGUUCAAUUCUGUGUGACAGCAUCAACUGUGAAAAGAACAAUAAGCUUAAUUUAGAGAGACUUGAAGCCCGACUAAAGGCCUGUCACUGCAGAAUUGUUCUUUCAAAAGCAAAGCCUUCAACGCUGGCACUUUCAAUAAUGGCUCUAGAAGCUGAAGAGGAGAAAAUGCCAGAAUUGGUUGAAAUGAUACAAUGUCUCCGAAUCCAUUCCAAGAUAAAUAGUAGAGAAUUUUCCUUUUGGAAGGAACUCGUGUCAAAGUGCCUCUCAGAAUAUUCCUCAAGCAAAUGCUCCAGGCCAAGUGGACAAAAGCUAAAAUGGAUUGUAUCUGGUCGCACAGCCCGGCAACUGAAACAUAGUUAUUACAGAAUUGCCCAUCUUCCCACUAUCCCAGAAACUGGUCCCUAAAAGGUGAGGAAAUCCUGAAGAGUGGAUGGGACAUUGCCUGGCAACAGAUGUUCAACUGAGAAGCUUUCUUGUGUUGAAGCUGAGAAUUUGUUGGAUACAUCUGACCUAUGGAAAGUCUGAUUUUAUGAAUAUUAAGCUGCAGCCACAUUUUUUGUCUCUGAACUAUACAACAAUAUAGCAUGUUGCCAUGAGACUGUUCUUAACCCUCUCAAGGUUCUUAAUAAAACUGAAGACAUUUUUAUAAAACAAUGCUUGGGACUAAAAUGCAAACAAGUCAGCUGAUUUUGCUUUGGUCUGCCCUCUGGAAAUGUGAAAUGUGUGUAGUAGGGCUUGAUCCGUAAUAGUUAUGUUAAAUACUGCACUUCUGGACUGAAUGUUGGCUGAAAAUGAACAUAAUCUAGACAUAUUGAGAAACCAUCUUUAAACUAGUAAAACAUGAACGUAGAGCUCUGGUGAAUGUAGGAACAUCAUUAAAGGAAAGCAUGCUGCUACAUCUGGUUCAUGGUGAUGGUAAUAAUGAUUGAUAGGAAACUGUGUAACUUAAAACUCCAAAUUAAUCCAAAAUUAGAGAGUUCCUUCAAACCAUGAUGCACAUUAGAAGUUUGUAACUGAAAGAUAUGUUGGCCCUAGAUCAUACUGCUUGCAAGGGCCAGAUUUAGUGGUCUGUAUUUUCAGUGCGUUAACGUAAAUAUUUUUUUUUAAUGUAACAGUUCAGAUUCUAGCAAAAUGUAUUUGAAAGAAGUUGGAAACUAGGUAAUAUUAGCUGUGGAAAUUGAAUGCAACUCAGGCGCCAGCUGAGAAUGUGGGCAAUGUCUAAAAACAGAAUUAACAUUCCAGAGCUAGCCCAUAGUGCUUCACCUCAGUCUUUAGUUCAGCUUGCAUGCACCAAAAUUGGUGAGACAAAUUAAGCGUGAUUUGAGACCUCUGCGUUUCACUGCGAACCAAAUUUUACUGCACUUCCCUGGUUUGAAUUAAACUUUUUUAGCCCUUGUUGUUAGAAGCAGAAAAAAUUAUAUGUUUGUAUUUAGCAUAUAUUUUAGGGAAUAUUUCUGUGGAUUUGGAUUAGCAUCAAACUUCCAGUAAAACAUUGUGUUAAGUGGACUUCAAAGCAUAGGAUUUAGUGCUAGGCCACUUUAAGCAGUUUUAAUUGAUUAUCUUUUCAACUUGAGAAUGUAUUUGUAUUCUGCCAUAAUGUAUGCUGCAUUGUUCAGCCAAAAGUUGGAAUGUGUUCUUCUAGGAAGAACAGCUGAUGCUAAUAAAAAUCAGGCAGGAUUAAACUAUUUUGCUCAUUCUGUUUAUAAUUAUCAGUAGAUUCAAAUGGGUAAUUGAGGUGGGCAAACCAGGACAAGUUAAUUCUGUGCAUUAUGAUUUCUUGAAUGUUAAUGGCCUAAGGAGGCAACAGUUGCUAGA